AUGCAGUACUACGAAACACGUGAAAAAGAAUACUACGAUGUGGCUCAAGGCCAGAGUCGCCAGGGUUAUGGUCAGAACCAUCACCAGGGAUAUGGGCAGAGCCACAGCCGCCCAGUAUAUGGGCAUAGCCCGACUCUGAACCACCGUAGCCACGGUGGGUUUCUUGAUGGGUUGUUCAAGAGUCAAAAAGGCCAAAAGGGUAAGAACGGCUUAGGGACGUUUCUAGGGCACAAGAGCCAAGAGGCUAACAAGGGCCAUGGACAUGGGAAGCUUUUAGGACAGCACCAGGACAAAACUCAUGAGACAAACAAAGGUACUAAUGGCAUAGGAGCGUUCAUUAACAAUGGAGAGAAGAAACAUAAGAAGCAAAAUGAGCACAAGAAGAAGAAGAACAAGGAUGGGCAUGGCAGUGGCAAUGAGAGUGGAAGCAGCAGUGGUAGCGACAGCGACUAAGUGAAAUGAUCUCAUAAGCCUAAUGCUUCUAAGAGAGACUGUAUAAAGUAAGUAGAUGCUAUACUUAGAAUAAAGAGAGACUAUAUAAUGCAAGUAGACGUAAUACUUAGAAUAAAAACCACUUAGGUGGUUGUGUCUCUGAGUCUCUCUGCAUGUCUCCCAUAUAUAAGCUUCACUACUAUGAAUCUACCUUUGUACGUUUGUAACAAAACCAAUGAAAAGACUUGUGAUAUCAAUGACUAUACCGCUUAUCAGUCGGCCAGCUAAUAAGUAAGUAACUAAUAAGUGAUUCA